AUGCUUCUACAGGAGCUGUGGCUUCGAAAAUUAGAUUGGGACGAGUUGCUACCGAUGCAGCUACAAACGUCGUGGGAAGCCUUCAAGGCAACUCUGCUGCAACUGCCCAAAGUUAAGGUAACGCGAUUCGUUCAUACAGAUCCGCAAGUCCCGAUUGAGAUCCACGGUUUCGCUGACGCUUCCAUGCGAGCAUAUGGAGCGGGCAUCUACGUUCGCACUCAAACUGCUGAAGGUGUGAAGUCUGCAAAGCACCUGUUCCUUCGGACGGUCGGUCACGACCUCUUGACCGCGGAGGAGCUCGGAACUCUCCUCGCCAGCGUGGAGGCGGUGCUGAACUCGAGGCCCAUAGGAGCGCUAAGCAGCGACCCCAGCGACGGCGAAGCUCUCACACCCGGACAUCUCCUGAUCGGCGGCCCGCUGGUCGCACCACCACCCUCGGCACUCCCGGACCAGAUCAGCCCGACCUGCUUGCGACUAUGGCGCAGUGUCUCGUCGCUCAGGCACAGGUUCUGGCAGCGAUGGUCCCGGGAGUACGUCUCCAGCCUGCAGACGAGGCAAAAGUGGUCCAAGGAGGUCCACAACGUCGACGUGGGAGCUCUCGUCGUCGUCGGCGAGGACAAUCUGCCGCCCCAGCAGUGGAGGAUCGGGCGCGUCGUGGAGGUGCACGUCGGCGCUGAUGGCAAGGUCCGAGUGGCGGAUGUCAAGACGGCAGACGGGGUCUACAGGCGAGCCAUCCAUCGGCUGGCGCUUCUUCCGAUGUUGUCCUGA